GUAGAGGCCAGGGAUGAUGUCUGUGAGGAGGUGGGGGGCAGUAAAAUAGAGAUUUUAUUGAAACGCAUGCACACGACGAUUGUAGUCGAGAUAAUGCCCUCAAAGGCCAUAUUCUUUACAAUCCAGAACUUCAUCACCGGUACAGCACUUCUGGACCUGCAAAUGAUAUAUAAGGCAACGUUUACACAGAUAUCUUAUAUGAACACUGUAUGGACGGCCACAUACUCUAUCGGAGCCAUGAGCAUAACCACAGCCAUAACCCCACACUUAGUUCACGUGGAGUUCCUGAUACUAAACCUGGGCAUCAACGGCAUUGGGUGCGGCAGUAUAGACGCCGUGAGCAGCGUAUGGAUAGUGGAGAUGUGGGCUGAAAAUUGCGGUCCUUAUGCGCAGGGAUUACAGUUCGUGUUGGGUAUCGGCGCUCUGGUCAGCCCACAAAUGAUUAACCCUUUCCUUUCGCAACCAUUCACUAAAUACAUUGAUGUGAAUAACAUUAAUAAAGCUGUCAAUGAGACGGGAACUUAUGGACUAUCGACUAACGUAUCCCUGACUUCUGUGGCCAACACUACAGUCAUGGAAAUACAAGGACAGACACCAUCAAUGAUUACAAUCCCGUACCUAUUUAUAGGGAGCAUAGCUGUGGGCGGUGGUAUAUUCAUAGGGGGACUAAACUUUUACAAAAAGUAUGUCCCCCGCAAAAUAGAGUCCCAGAAUACCAGUGCCAAUAAGGAUAAUGGCAGUAAAAUAUCCAGGAUGUUUUAUGAGAUAAACGACACGUUUAUAACUGAGAUGAGACCUACUAAUGGUAUACUACUAUUAAUCGUGUUAUUGGCCAAUAUGAUAGCAUUUGUCACGUGUAUACAAUGGACCUGGAGCCUAUACUGGACCUCAUUCGCUCAGUUCAUCGCUCUCGACAUAAACCCUGUGGUAUCCAAUGACAUACUGACCCUCAUGUUAGGCAUGUUUACACUAAGCCGAGGUGUUUGUAUAGUUACCGCCCGAUACAUAAGCCCUAUACUACUCAUAUACGUCAGCCUAUUAUUGCUACUGAUAUCGCAAAUACUAUUAUUUAUUUUUGCCAACACCUCCCUGACCCUCAUGUGGGUCGUCAAUGUAAUAGUAGGCCUGGGGUUGGGACCCAUAUUUGCUGCGAUAUAUCAGAUGUUGGAGUCAAUUACCCCGGUCACUAACCUGAUGGGGGCAUUCUUCAUAUUCCUCAUCGGUUUGUUUAUGACUGUAUUCAACGUAGUCCUCGGGAUAUAUAUCGAGAGCCAGCCCAUGAUUUACGUGUAUAUUACCCUGGGGUGUGUUAUAAUAUCAAUUAUCCUGUUCAUUUUCAUACACCUGUUGAUUGCAACGCAUAUUAACAAUGAGAAAAAGGAUCUUGGUAUAGACAAUGAUGGCAAUACUAAUAGUGCUGAUAAUAGUACACAGGGUUCUGUAGAUUAUACGACGGGUAGUACUGAAGCGUUAACUUAUCGAUAA